AUGCUCAGGAGGCCAGCUGGGCAUGGUGCCCUCUGGGUGAUGGCCAGUGGUUGUCAAAAUCAAAAAGCUCAGAGUACUUUCUUGAGAAAAAUCAACCGCCUCCUUGCUGUGAGAUACCACAUAAGCACCCCUCUUAAGUCUCUACCCACGAGCCCAGUCCCCUCCCGUCAGCCUCAGCUGAAGCACGAAGCAAGCCCAGGAGCUCACGGCUUUGCGGACAUCAGAGACACACGUGUUCCUCCCACGUUCAAGUUAACAUCUCAAGAAACAUGCAUCUCCAGAGUGCUCCCAACACAGAACCACAGUGAGCUAACUGAUAGAACUGACUGCACAUCCUUUUUGCUCAAGAACACACCAUAG